AGGCCAGCAACGACUUUAUUGUCUGCGUAGCACGUAUAAGAAGAGGAAUUAAGCCCCAAGAGUUGGAGGCGAUGUCGUGGUGGAAGUCCAAGUCGCACUUCAGCGCCGACAGCCAGGACUCGAGCUCCGACGGCGCGUACCGCGGAGGUAAGGAACGCUCGCCGUCACGUCGCAAGAAGUCCGACGAAGACGAGGAGGAGUACCGCCCCUACGCAGGCUACGGCGCCAACACCAACCGCGGCGGGGCCAACGAAGGCGGGGGCGGCGGCUACAACAACGGCUACGGCGGCGGUGGCUCGUACAGCAACGGCAACGGCGGUAUCACGCCCUACAACGGCGGCGGUGGCUACAACAGCAACUCUUCCUACGGCAACGGCGGCGGUGGCUACAACAACAACUCUUCCUACGGCAACGGCGGCGGUGGCUACAACAACAACUCUUCCUACGGCAACGGCAACGGCGGCGACGGGUACAACAACGCUCCCAGCUGGGCAUCCCAGGACACCGGCGGCCGGACGCCGAUGUACAUAAACACCAGAGAGGUCCACGUCUAUGGGGCGCCGCAGAACGACGACGACUACAACGGCGACCAGAAGAGGCGUGGCGGCGGCGGCGGGGGCAGCGGGUUCUUCGGUCCGGCCUUCCAUGCCGUCGGCCAUUUCGUCGAUCGCAGGUUCGGCCUCGACGAUAGGAACUGAUCGAUCACGCCCAUAUAUAUGGCUGAUUGCGCUGGCCAUGGAAAUAUGCAUGGAUGCUCGCGACGAUCGACUACUACACUACUACUACUACUACUACUACGUGCUGUGAUGUGUCUUGGAUAGUUUCCAAGUGUACCAGUGAUGUGCUUCAGUUCUGCGCAGUGAUGUCUGUGUGGUUUGUGUUGCAUCGUGUACAACAUGAUUUUAUCAUGCAGAUGUUGUAUAUGUAUAUAUGUACGCAACUUAAUUACUUCUUGUUCUCUCUCAGAAAAAAACUUGGUUACUUCUUGCAUGCACAUACUCCAUGGCAACUUAUGAUUUUCCUGUAAUGAUGU